AGUCUCCGCAGCAUGUGAAGAUAACAUGGGGAGGCAGUUCAUUUGAUAUUUAACGACUGUUAUAUUGAUAUUCACAUACAAAAGUGUAACCGUUAACCGAUUCUGUCAGUGCUUAGCUAACAGUGAGAGCCAGGUUAGCUACCGUUAGCUUUACCCGCGUGUGUUAUACUACUUUUUGGUUGUUUUGCUAGCUUUUAGCCCGCUAAGAGCAUGGACAACAUGCAAGAAAAUACGAUUGAUCUCCACGGAGAUGAGGAAAUCAUUGAAGUCAUCGACCUAAACGAGAUGGAGCCUGAUCCCGAUGAUUUGGCUGAUGACUUGGAUGAUGUCGACUUUGAAGACGCUCCAGACGAUGACGAAGGCUGGGAAACCGACAACGAGAUGGAAGAGGACCAAGACGACAGCGAGCUCACCUUCUCCAAACACACCGGCUCCGUGUUCUGCGUGAGUUUGGAUCCCGCGACAAACAGCAUGGCUGUAACGGGAGGGGAGGACGAUAAGGCCUACGUGUGGAGGGUGAGCAACGGAGAAGUUCUGUUGGAGUGCACCGGUCACAAAGACUCUGUGACGUGCGCCGUGUUCAGCCACGACUCCUCCAUGGUGGCUACCGGCGACAUGAGCGGCAUGAUUAAAGUCUGGAAAGUAGAAACCAAAGAGGAGGUCUGGUCCUUCGAAGUGGGCGAUCUGGAGUGGUUGGAGUGGCAUCCCUGCGCUCCGGUGCUGCUGGCGGGCACAGACGAUGGCAACGUGUGGAUGUGGAAGAUCCCUUCAGGAGACUGCAAAACCUUCCAGAGUUCUGCAUGCCAGGCCACCAGCGGCAAAGUCCUCCCCGAUGGUAAACGGGCCGUGGUGGGUUAUGAGGAUGGAACGGUACGCGUGUGGGAUCUGAAGCAGGGAAACGCCGCCCACGUCAUUAAAGGUCAGGAUGGACACAAGGGGGCGCUCACCUGCCUGGCGUGUAACAAGGACGGCUCUCUGGUGCUGACCGGUUCCGUGGACGGUUUUGCCAAACUCGUCAACACCGCCACAGGCAAAGUGGUCGGAGCGUUCUCGCUGGAGAGCGGCAAAGCCAAAGGGCCGACGGAGGAGACGGAAUCCAACUCUGUCGAGUCUGUGGGAUUCUGCAACAUCCUGCCUCUCAUUGCUGUGGCGUACCUGGACGGGACUCUGGCCAUAUACGACCUCGGCACGCAGGUCCUGAGGCACAGGUGCUAUCACGAGGCUGGUAUUGUUCACCUGCAGUGGGAGGAGUGUUCUUCUGUGGUGUCCACCUGCUGCUUAGACGGAGCGCUGCGCCUGUGGGACGCCCGUUCUGGCGGCAUCGUGUCCGAGUACCGCGGCCACACUGCCGAGAUCCUCAACUUCACCAUCAACAGGGAGGCGUCUCUCGCAGUAACCGCGUCAGGAGACAACCAGGCGAAGGUCUUCUGCCUCCAGAGACCCGACCGGUAAAGAGAGCAGCAGGAAGAUCGGAGGAAAUCCAGCAGAGACAUUUCAUGAACGAACUUUUUGUUCUCUUAACACUCGAGAACAUGCUUCCCCCUCCCCCUCAGGAUUUUAACAUGUGUGGUCUCGCCAUCGUAUAUCUGACCCGCUUUAGUGGGAUCGUAGCAUCCAAACGAUCAUUUGUCCUGUUUUCAUCAGGACUUUAAGAUAAUUCAAGAAAGAGAAAGAAAGAGUUUUUGAUCUGGUCUAGACAGAAGUUUAAAACAAGCUGUUGCUCAUUGUUUUCUUAAGUACGCUCUUGUGCAAGAAUCUGAGACACUAAACUAAACAGGAAAAGAGUCAACGAGAGAUUCAUUACAGUGACCGGUGCCUUUGACAUCCCUUUUAAUGUUCCUUUGGUCUUAGUCAGAAGUUGUUCCAUAAUUGUUUUUUGUCCUAGUUUACUCACUAAGGGGGUACACACACACACACACACACACACACACACACACACACACACACAGUGGGGCAAAAAAGUAUUUAGUCAGCCAC